UCCUGUAGCCACCCUUUUUUUUCAAAUCCCAACAAAUCAAUAAUUCUCUGUACACUCUUGUAAAAGUUGCAGACUUUUGGUUUGAUCCGAUCCGAGAGAAAAUGGGGGGUGUUCAAACCAAGGAAAAGAGGUUUCCCAAUGACAAGGUUGUGGAAGGGCUAAAGUACAAGGUGAGGGUUCUUCAGAGCGAGGUGUCUGAGAUAAUGUGCAUGAGGGAGAACGAGAGCCAGCUGUACGAGCAAGAGAUGAUGGUGUUUGCUUUCAAAGAGGCAGAGUGGAACAAGGAGAGGAAGAAGCUGAGGGAAGAGGUGAAGAAGCUGAGGAAAAGGGUUUUGGGUGAAAGAGGAGAUAAUCAGAAUGCGGAAGAUGAUGGUGAAACUGUGGGUGAUAGCUAUUUGAUGCAGCAGAUAAGAGAGGAGCAAGCCAGGAGAGAUGAAGCCAUUGAGAAGUGGAAACAGCUCUACUUUGCCAUCAAGGUUGAGCUGGAUCAUCUCAUUCUCAGAACCAAUUCAGGAGAAGGGCUAUGUUGGAAGGAAGAAGGAGGAGGAGUGGAAGAGAAGCUGAGAGCCAAGGAAGAAUGCAUUGAAGUAUUAGAAGCAAAAAUUGCAUUAUUGGAGCAACAGGAAUUGAGGAGGGAAAGGGAAGUUGAUAUCUUGAAACAAAGCCUGAAGAUUAUGUUCCACAAGAAGAAACCACAUGCUUAAAUUGUGUCCUAGCUACAAUUUCAUUUAUAUGAAAAGCAUCAGAGAACUGAAUGUUUAUAUAUAGUAUUUCAUGGCCUUUGACAGAAA